AUGAUCGAAGGCAACUGGAUCAAGAACAUCCCUCCCGCUGGUACUCAGCGCAUGUUGAAGCACCUGCAGGACUCAUGGAUCGUGUGGCAAAGUAUGGACAUGGAGGUCACGGAGGUGGUCCAACUGGAUGAAGUUUCUGCGGUGUUGAUUGCGCGUGUCUUCCGCUCGAGCAAGGACAUCCUGUUUGAAUUGGAGCAUGCGAUGAUGCAUGGCUUGGAGAUGACCGAAAACAUCUCCAUGGUCAUUCCAGGUCCUUUGAUGAACAUGGCCAGCAACCAAGCCGUCUUGGUCUCCAAGAUUACCGAGUUGGCUUGUUCAAUCAGUGGAGGUGGAAGCCAAGUGAAUCAGAAUUGGGACUUGCUGAACGCUUCACGUGCGCAACUCCUCCAGAAUAAAUUCAUCAUGCUCCAGGGCACCCAGGGGAAUGACACCAGCGUGCCAAAGGCCACCAAUGUUUGCUUGGUCCAGAAGAUGAAGCGUGCCAUGGACAUGUACGAUGAGCUGGAUCAAGAAGCCCUGAGGGUCGCCUUCGGUGAUUCUGAUCGAUUGGUGAAUUUGGUCACCAUGGCGCCUCCAACUGUGGAUGCCUUCGAUGAUAUCGCACAAUCGUUGAGCUCCACCUGCCAAAACGAAACCCUCGCCGACGAGGAGUGGAGAGCGCUGCAUGAAGAAAUGGGGAAGUUGGCCAUCUUGAGUCAAGCCAUCCCAGCGGAAUUUGUGUUGGUGCGUCAGGGACAGAGCUUCAACGAGAAGAAGUUGGAUUCUUUGCUCGUGGAGCUGGAAACCGCCAUCCGCCGCGUGAUGUUCGGUUCAUCACGACCACCCUUGGCUGCUCCACCCAAGCAGAGCUAUUUCGACUAUAUGCUCCAGACGUUGGAGCCCGCCACCAAAGCCUUGGCCAGCUCCAGUCGUGGAACUGCGGUGCAACCGGUGCUUGAUGCCGGGAAUGCCUUGAAGCAUUCUAGCCGCACUCUGCAGGAGCAGUUCCUGAAUGAGGUUCAAGACGCUACGUGGCCUGGACAGCGUGUUGACCUGGCGUUGCAGCAGAUUGCCUUGGCCUAUGAAGUCUUCAAGGACGGGCUCUUGGCUGUGCUGGACAUGGCGGAGCACGACGUCACGGCGAUGAAUCGCUUUGAGAAUCAGCACAACCAGCUGGCCGGAUUGGCAAUCCCUGCGCGUACGGACUUACAAGAACAGUGGGAUCGUGUGGACGUCGAAUGGAGGAACCUUCGCUCUUCCUUGACCUCGCCCGAGAUCACCCGGACCGAGAGUGCCCUCUUCCGCUUGGUCGACCAGCUUGAAGCCGCGGUGCCCUUGUACAACCAGAAAGAUAUCCAGGAGGAUGAGAAGUUCCCAUGGGCAAUUUGCAUCUACGCGCUGAUCGGCAGCUGCAUCCUUUGCUGCUGUUGUGCCUUCGUGCUUCUUCCUUGCGUCCGCUCCAAGAAUGGUGCGAAGAAAGAUGACGCCAAGCAUGAUGAGCAGCCAGCCGCAGAGGUCGUGGAAGAUAUUUGA